AUCUGUAGAUCUGCGCUGCUCCAGCGCCCCGCCGGACUCUGACUCCGGCUCCUCUCUCAGAACCGCCGCAGCGCAUCAGCCCGACCACAAGCUCCAGAACCAGCCCGGCCCGCUGCAUGACCCAGCCCGCGCUGAGGAGCCGCAGUACACUGGACUCGCGCGGAUACGCGCUGCACUUUUUACGGGUUUAGAGCGGCUGUGUGGGGCAGCGCGCUGUGAGGGCUGUUGGCUGCGGGUAGCUUCAGAGGCUAGCUAGCUAAAGCGCUAACUGCGAUUUAUCGCUUUAAAAUCGCAUAUUUAAGUCGUUUUUUGCGAAACUCUGAGGUAAAUGUCGUAGUUUAGAGGCGCGUGAAGGCGUUGUUAGAAGUGUAGUGUGUUUAUGAGGGGCGGUCGUUGUACAAAUCGUGUCAUUUUGCGUGAUUUUGAUGGGGUAGAAAGCGUUAGGUGUUAGCUAAGCUAACUAGUUAGCUAGGCAGUUAGCAGCUAAGCUAACUAGCGUUAGGUAGCUCGCGAGCCCUGUCAAAACUGCGCUUUGGCUAGCCGUUAGCUUGCUAGGUAGGUUAGCUAUUUUAGUUAGCCUAGCUGACAGAUUUGGGGGUCGUUAGCAGAUUAUAUAUUAGCUAGUUUAGUGUAUAGAUACAUGUAUUGCUAGUUUAUUAGUUGUAGACAUUAUUAGAUCAGUGUAACCAUUUUUACUAAUAAUUACAAGGCUGUAAACGUUUAUAAGCUACAUAUAUACACGGUUUUAAAUUAUAGCUAGCUACACCAGACACAAUUAGCACUGGCUAGCUUAUAAACAGCUGUUUGAAUGACUGGCACAGGCCGAGUUUACAGAUCUAUUUCUCAAAAUCUAAAUAAAAUAAUUGAUCACAAUUAAUGCUGAUUAUUUAACACAGCUGCUGACAUCUCAAAAAACAUGUUUAAGCUCAUAAAAAUGCAGGUAGGUUAGUGUCUCUCUUAUCUGCAAAAAAGAAACACCAGAAAACAUCAACAUCAAGCUAACUAGCUAGCUAGCUAACAACAUCUGGAUGUAACCUAUCUAUCUAGCUACUGCUGGACAGAUGUUGGAUGGCAGUGGUGAGAAACACGGUGACCUUCUGCAUCUCUUGUGUCUUGAGGGAUUUCUGGACACACGUAUAAAUACACAGAUAUAUAACCUAAACACUUGGUGGCGGUUGAUGAUUCAGCUGUAGCUCCUGCUGAUUCAGCUCAGGGGCUUUAGGUCAUUUGUUUACAUACACACAUCAUACACAACAAACAAUAUACACGCACACACACACGCUUAGACCCCCACACAAAUUCAAGAACAGGGUUCUGUUUUUGUUUUGUUUUUGUUAAUUUUCUUCAAACCUAAUUUGCACGAUGAAGAAGUUCUUCGACUGCCGUAGAGAGCUGGUCAGUUCGGGCCCCGGGUCCGGAGGGGCUGGCGGGUCUGGAGGAUCGAGCAGCGCCGGGGGAAACUUUAUUGGACGUAAUUUCACAGUGGGGCGGCACCAGGUGACCGUGGAGGAAACGCUGGCAGAAGGUGGUUUUGCUAUUGUGUUCCUGGUGAGGACCAAUCAGGGCGUUCGCUGUGCACUGAAAAGGAUGUACGUGAAUAACGAAUAUGACCUGCAGGUGUGUCGUCGUGAGAUCCAGAUCAUGAGGGACCUGUCUGGCCAUAAGAACAUCGUGGGUUUCCUAGACUCCAGUGUGACGCAGGUGGGCGGAGGAGACGUGUGGGAGGUGUUCAUCCUCAUGGACUUCUGCAAAGGGGGUCAGGUGGUAAACCUGAUGAACCAGCGUUUGCAGACCGGGUUCUCUGAGGCCGAGGUUCUACAGAUCUUCUGCGACAGCUGCGAAGCCGUGGCUCAACUUCACCAAUGCAAAACACCCAUCAUACACCGAGAUUUAAAGGUGGAGAAUAUCCUGCUGCAUGAGAAAGGGCACUAUGUUCUGUGUGAUUUCGGCAGCGCCACCAAGAAGUUCCAGAAUCCUCAGAGUGAGGGCGUGACCAUCGUAGAGGAGGAGAUAAAGAAGUAUACCACUCUCUCCUAUCGAGCUCCAGAGAUGGUGAAUCUGUAUAAUGGGAAAAUCAUCACCACCAAAGCAGAUAUCUGGGCUCUGGGCUGUCUGCUGUAUAAGCUGUGUUAUUUCUCGCUGCCGUUCGGAGAGAGUCAGGUGGCAAUCUGCGACGGAAACUUUACCAUCCCGGACAACUCGCGCUACUCUCACGACAUGCACUGCCUGAUCCGCUAUAUGUUGGAGCCGGAUCCUGAUAAAAGGCCGGAUAUCUAUCAAGUGUCCCACUUUGCUUUCAGGCUGGCCAGACGCGACUGUCCGGUCCAGAAUGUGAAGAAUUCCCCACUCCCUAAUAAGCUUCCUGAGCCGGUGAGAGCGAGCGAGGCGGCAGCCAAGAAGAGCCAAACACAGACCAAGGCCAGACUUACAGACCCCAUCCCCACCACUGAGACCUCCAUCACCCCCCGGCAGCGGCCCAAAGCCGGACAGGCCCAGCCACAGCCUAUAGGGGGCGUCCUGCCUAUACAACCUGCUGCCCUAACGCCCCGCAGGAGAGCCAACCUGCCGGCCCAGAGUGCUGCGCAGUCCAUAGCUGUAAAUUUGGCUCAGCCGGCCGCUGCACUGCAAUCUCAACUCGCACAACCACAACCUGCCCCCACCCAGCCCAAACAGCCUGUCUGUCAGCCUGUUCAGCCGGUCCCUGUUUCAGCAGCAGCAGGAGGCGGAGCUCCAGCAGUGGCUAGCCCCGCCCCCCAGAUAGCUACAGUGGCCCCUUCGAGUCCAGCUCCGCCCACGGCUCCUGCACGCACCGCCCGACGCAAACAAACUGCACAACAGCAGCAACAACCACAGCAGCUGCCACAGCAGCCCCCACAACAACCACAGCAGCCACCUCCAUCUGCCCCCACUCCGGCCGUCCAACCGCCGUCCAGCACUGAGGAAACGCCUGUGACGCCCGGUCUAUCUCAGACCCCGCCCUCUUCCCCCCGGACGGCCCAGAAGGCGGGACACAGGCGGAUCCAGAGUGAUGUCACACACAGCUCCAUGUUCGGAGUUCCCGUCAGCCAAUCAACGCAGCAGCUGCAGGCCGCCAGCGCCGAGGCUAACCUCAACAAGUCCAAGUCAGAGAGCGCCACUCCGUCCAACUCUCCACAGUCCUCUCAGCAGAGCGUGUAUGAACCUGGCCAGCAGGGCGGCGCUGUAGCCCCCCCUUCCACCCCUGCCGCCCCCUCUACUCCUGCCACCCCCGCUGCCCCCCAGCCGGCCCCCACGGCCGUGAGUGUGAGCAGCCCCCCGGACCAGCCCUCCUGGAACCCCUUCGGAGACGACAACUUCUCCAAGCUGACGGCCGAGGAGCUUCUCAACAAAGACUUCGCCAAACUCGUCGAUGAAUCUGCGGAGCCUCCCCUUGUUUGCACAGAGGAGCUUCUUCCUGGACUGGAUGCUGUUGAACCCAUCCCUCAACCUGCAGCUGAAAGACCUGCUGAUAUUCUGGGUUUGGACGGAGGUCCUGGGUUGUUGGCAGUUCCAGAGAAGCUGAUCGAGGGGCUGAAGUCUCCGGACGCAUCUCUGAUGCUGCCGGAUCUGCUGUCCAUGUCUGACCCGUUCGGUAGCUCCGUGGAGGACUCCAGAGACGGUCUGGUUGCUUGUGUGGACUCUUUGAUUCCUGGGCUGGAGGCUCCUCAGGUUCAUCCAGUGCAGAUGGACGCAGGUGCAGCAGUAAUAACAGACUCUCUGGUUGGUGAAGAGUCUCUUCUGGGAGGUCCUCUCACAUCUGGCCCCGCCCCCUGCCUAGAUGAGUUUGCACCUGUCUCAGGAGGCUCCUCCCAGAGCAUGGCAGACUCGUCCUGUUUGAUCUCCGGCUUUGAUGCUGCGAGCCCUGAGAAGAGCGCAGAUGAUGAGUUUGAUCCGAUUCCAGUGCUGGUUUCCAAAACCUCGCAAGGAGGCUCCUCCCACAGCUCCAGCGGCGGUUCUGAGUCCAGUUUGCCGAGCCUGGCCCGUUCACUGCUGCUGGUGGACCAGCUGAUCGACCUGUAGAUCCGCACAGCCUGCAGAACUCUUCUCGCUUCUCCUCUCUUUAUCUGUCAAUCCAGCCAUCUAUUAUCCCAUCCCUCCAUUCAUUAGCCCAUUCAAUCUUCCGUUCUUUUGCCUGGCUUCCGUCCAACACCCGCCAUUAUCCCUCUCUUCCUUUUUUCUUUUCGCCAUCGCUGUAUCACCUUCUGCCUUUUCUUCCUUUUCUUAUUCAUCUGUUCGGGUUUCAUCUCGCCUUCAUUUUAUCUUUUGUUCAUCUUUUCAUCACAGACUCGUUUUAGGUUUGUGCGCCACCUGCUGGGUGGUCACAAUCAUGUUCGUAAUAUAUGAGUAAGGUUGUUUGGUUUCUGAAGAACUGUAGGAUAUAUUUGUAUUUUUCAUAUUUGAGUUGUGUUGGCCACAGGAGGUGUGUGUGUGUGUAUUGUAAGAGUGUGUGUGUGUAAGAGUGUGAGUGUGUAUUGUAAGAGUGUGAGUGUGUAAGAGUGUGAGUGUGUAUUGUAAGAGUGUGAGUGUGUAAGAGUGUGAGUGUGUAUUGUAAGAGUGUGAGUGUGUAUUGUAAGAGUGUGAGUGUGUAUUGUAAGAGUGUGAGUGUGUAUUGUAAGAGUGUGAGUGUGUAUUGUAAGAGUGUGAGUGUGUAUUGUAAGAGUGUGAGUGUGUAUUGUAAGAGUGUGAGUGUGUAUUGUAAGAGUGUGAGUGUGUAUUGUAAGAGUGUGAGUGUGUAUUGUAAGAGUGUGAGUGUGUAUUGUAAGAGUGUGAGUGUGUAUUGUAAGAGUGUGAGUGUGUAAGAGUGUGAGUGUGUAUUGUAAGAGUGUGAGUGUGUAUUGUAAGAGUGUGAGUGUGUAUUGUAAGAGUGUGAGUGUGUAUUGUAAGAGUGUGAGUGUGUAAGAGUGAGUGUGUAUUGUAAGAGUGUGAGUGUGUAAGAGUGUGAGUGUGUAUUGUAAGAGUGUGAGUGUGUAAGAGUGUGAGUGUGUAUUGUAAGAGUGUGAGUGUGUAUUGUAAGAGUGUGAGUGUGUAUUGUAAGUGUGUGUGUGUGUGUGUAUCGUAACAGUGUGUGUGUGUAUUGUAAGAUUGUGUGUGUGUAUUGUAAGAGUGUGAGUGUGUAUUGUAAGAUUGUGUGUGUGUAUUGUAAGAGUGUGAGUGUGUAUUGUAAGAGUGUGUGUGUGUUGUUGUAAGAGUGUGUGUGUGUAUUGUUAGAGUGUGUGUGUAUUGUAAGAGUGUGUGAGUGUGUAUUGUAAGAGUGUGUGUGUAUUGUAAGAGGGUGUGUGUGUGUGUGUGUGUGAAUUGUAAGAGUGUGAGUGUGUAUUGUAAGAGUGUGUGUUGCAGUGCUGAGCUAGUUAAGGCCGAAACAUACUUCACACAAAUAUGUGAACGCAGGUGCUUCAAGCUACCUUGAUUGGGAUUUGUGUGUAGCUGCAUUCUAAAAUGUGUUAUGAUUCAUUUUAUAAAGCAAUCGAAUCUGCAUUCUCAGAGGAGGCACUAGGGGGUGCUACUGCAAGAGCCAAGUUGGUUUAUAUUGCUGCUGUGCUUUUUGCAGUCAACUGUCGUAGUGGAAUCCUAUUUAGAGACACUAUUAUUUGUCUAGAGAAGGAAAUAUGGAUUUCAGCUCAUACAGUGAGUAGCUAUUAACACAGCAACACAGCAGAGCUAACAAACAUCACUAACCAUAGAAACAUUCUGCAAACGCAACAGAUUCUAGCCCCUCCCUUGAUCAGUAUUUGUGAUGAGCUCCGAAAACACUGAUCGGUCCAUCUCUAGAUUUGUGCUCUAGCGCCCCCUUCUCAGCACUGAGUGCUUUUAAUUGUACAUUACCCUAAAAAAAUACCUUUAGUAAGAACAUAUGUUGAGUUGUGUGUGUGUGUUUGGGUGAAGUAUGUUUUGUGCCUUUGGCCCUGAGAGUAAAUCGUGCCAACAAGUGAAGCUUGUUUUUGAAAAGACACAGGUGUGUUAUUGUCACCUGUGUGAAGAUGAGCGCAUUCUGAGCCAAACAUGUCAGGGAUCAGUGUCAGCUUAGCAUUAGCUAGUCUAGUCCCAAAGUCAGCAAGGCAGUUUCGAAUUUGAGUAAAAGAAAACCUAAAAACAUUUGGAGACGUUGACCUUCAUGAGCCAAAUGACCAUCCUUUCUUUCUCGAUUUGCAGCAGUUUAGCUCUACCAUUCAACCUAUAGCAGUUUAGAUCUCCACCCAUUCAGCCUACAGCAGUUCAUAGCUUCAUGUGAUCAACCUACAGCAGCAGUUUAGCUCCACCCUCAGUAAAGUAAGUAAAAAAAAAACAGUAGGCUUCAGUAUGUUUAGUUUGCUGUAAAUCGACAAAGAAUAUUUGUAAUAUUUUCCUGUUUAUUCAUUUUUAAACCUUAUAAAAUCUGCAAAAGCCUUUUAUUACACCUGUAAUGAACAUAAAUCAACAUUUAUUCAGACAUCAGUCAUCGUAAAGGCUUAAGAUGGAAUAAGCCGUUAAAUAGAUCCCUGCGUACGUUUAGCUGUAACUUAAGAAAAUCUUAGAAAAUCAAAAUGAAACUUUUGGCAUCCCGCAGAUUUCUACAGUCAGAGUCUUAUAAAGCCGUUAUAAGUGUGAGAAUUAAAGGGCAGUGAGUCCCAAGGACUUUAAUCAUUUCCACACAAUCAUCGUCAUCGAUCUUCAUCAUAACUUCAUAAUCAUUAUCACCCUGCCUCCACCCCUCCGUCCCCUGUAAAUAACUCUAUUGAUGUUGUACGUUGGUCCAGAAUUGUAAAUGUAAAUUGAUGUAUAUCUGCAAUAUCUGACCCCGCCCCCUUUAGUGAUCUGUGCCCCUGUGUAUAAAUCAGUCUGCAGCUCUGUUUACACGGCUCAGCUUUACACUGGGAGCUCGGCUAACGGAGUUAUUCAAAAUAAGGUACAGGAACACGACAGUACCUAUAUUUCAUGUCUGAGAGUGUGGGAACCUGUUGAGGUUCUCCACGUUUUCCACAGGCUUGUACAAUCCGCACCACUCAAAACGACCUUUUUGAAAUACAGGUUUCUUUGAGUUUUAUAUAUUAGAAGCACCACUUUCAGUUCCAAAAUAAAACUUCAUAAAAUAUUAAAUAAACUAAAGAAGUAGCUGUUCUGUAAGGUUUUGGUGAGAAUAGAUAAGAGCACUUUUAAAAGUACUUUUAAAACAUGCAUUGUGGUGCAGUCUUAAUUCAGAGUGUAUGAAUCUGGUGAUUCUAGCAAGAAUUCCCAGCCAGAAAAAUGUCCUGGGACCUACCAGACCACUUAUUUAAUCAUUUUAAAUGAAUAUAUGUGGCUUUGCAGAAUGGUAGAAUAACAUUAUAAAUAUUAUAAUAAUAAUAAAUUUUAUAAUGUUCAAUUAAAAUGUUCAAAAGGUUUAAAGAUGUGGAUUAAGGAACUAGAAACAUGAUAGAAACAUCAUAUGAAGGUUCUUUCCACAAACAAAUGGCUCCUUUAUGGAACUAAAAGUGGUACCUAUGACAUCACCUACAGAAGAAUUUUUCUUUUUGAGAAAAACAAAACCCAAGAAAGCUCAUUUUCCACAUUAAUGCCACAUAGGAAGAAAGUGUGCUCUGUUUAAAAUGUCUAGAGAAGUGGAUAUGAAGAUUUCUUAAUGCCAUCACUUAUAGAACCCUUUGUAGAACCUUAAAGAUAUAAUUGAAGGUAUAUGACAUCAAUGUGUAAACAUUAAUAAUUCCACUGGCCCCACCUCCCUGUGUAAAACUGGCCCCGCCCAAACAGGGCUGUACCGUCCUGCAUUCCUGCCCUUGUAGUAAAUGAUACAACAAAUUGCUUUAAAGAAAUAUUUGAUAUAUAUGGUUAAGAUUCUAUGUGAAUAUGAAUAGAGUGUAAGAGAAUGAAUGUAUGAAAUGAGUAUCCAUAUAAAUAUAAAUACAGAUAUAUGUAUAUCAGUCAUAUAAUAUUGAGCAGAUCUUUAUUAUCUUGGUCUUUAUGUGUUGAGCCGUGUUUGCGAAUGUAAAAAAAAAAAAAAAAAUCCUGUUUUAUUUCUUUAUUUGCGUUUCCUCUGUGCUGCUGUUCCGCGAAAAUGGAAAAUGGGAAAAGGACAAUCUUUAUCCGGCGGCUGAUUUUCCUUCUGUUGGAUUUUGUUGGUUUAUUUCAGUCUGUGGUGAUGCUGUGUGUCUGUAGUGUCUGUAGGGGGCGCUGUGUAAACCCUUACUUGUACUGGGACAGAGGACGACUGCGGUACUGAUUGGGUACCGAUACGGACCAUGUGAGCAGGAGAGAGAGAGAGUGUGUAAAGGUGUACGGAACUUCUCGCUCUCUUCCCAGCGUCUCUCCUUUACCGUCAGUGAUCAACACGGCGUAAACUGGACGGGGAGGGGCGGGGCUAAUGCUAUGGACACACCCACGCUCGGACGACUGGACAUUUGUAUUGGUAUCUACAGGAACUGUUGGGUCGAGAUGAUCGGAGUUUGUUUUGUUAAUGGGGGAAAUGCUGCAGAAGCUGAAACUGACAACGUUCUACAGGAGAACCUUUAUUUACAGUAUGUAAGCAGUACUGACCUGUGCAGAACCAGAACCAGAACCCUGAACUUUGUUAUUACGGUUAACAGGGAACAUAUCAAAACAAUCAAAUCAAUUCAAGAGAGUAUAAAAUUGUGUUGGGCGAAUCAGUGCUGCUGCCAGUGCUGCUGCCAGUGCUGCUGCCAGUGCUGCUGCCAGUGCUGCUGCCAGUGGUCAUAUGGCAGUAAGAGUGCCAGUACUAGUAAUGAUGCCAGUGCCGGGUAUGUGUCAGUGGCGGUAUCUUUUUGCACAUUUCUCUCAGAGCAGACGCAUAUCAGAACACAGCCCUGCUUUUGAUUAUUGAAUUUAAUCAAAACAAUGUAUUGAUUGGUGUGUGUGUGUGUGUUACAUGAAAGAGCUCUUAAAGAUGUUACAGGCACCUCUACUAUAAGCACAGCCUUCUCCUUUCUUCUCUGUUCUAAUCGUCUUGUUCUUUAUCUUCUCUUGAACUCAUUUCUUACAGUAUCUUCUCUUCUCAUUUCACCGGAUAGCUCUGUCACUCACCACAUCUUGUCUGUUCUCAUCCUGUUGACUCUCGUCUCACCUUGUCUCUUCUCUUCUUUUCUCGACUCAUUUCGGGUUUUUUAUAUGGUGUCUCUUCUAGUCUCAUCUCAUCUCAACUUUUCUGUAAUCAUCUCUUCCUUCUCUCUUCUCGUCUCUUGUUUUCUCGUUUUAACUCGUCACACCUUUUCUGUUUUCUGUUUUCUCAUUGCUUCUCAUUUCAUCUCUUCUCUUCUUGACUCGUCAUCACAUUUACUCUUUACUUAUCUUGGCUCUUCUGGUCUCAUCUCAUCACUGCUUUUUCUCUUUUCUACUUGUCCCAUCUAUUUUCUUUUGUUCUCAUCUCAUCUUCUCUUGUCUCAGCUCAGCUUGUCUCUUUUCUCCUCUUUUCUCUUCUCUGCUCUUUUCUUCUCAGUGGGAGUAAUAAUGUGUCUGAGUGAUGAUGCUGAACUGUACAUGUAUAAUGUUAGCUAGUCAUAAACUGAGCCAUUGAUCCACAUUAUUGAUCCUGAUAGAUGUUAAUCAUCUUUGAUCUAAAGGGUGCUUGAUGUUCUGCUGCGGGAGCUCUGGUCUCUCUGCUGGUUUUAACUGGGGGGGGGUCAGGAUUCACCAGUUUCCUCUCGUUCUACAACCAAGACAUAUGUUUCCUUUAGUUUAGCUAAUACUGGAGCUAUGAAGCUGAUGUUGCUAACCAGUUCUACAUUUAUAUGUUAAGUUUCAGUCUGUGUGUUCAGUAUUUAAAGAAACGUUUUGUUUGUUUUUUGCCCAAACGAUCAAUUUCAGUGCAUUAUUAAUAAAACAUGAAGGGCAUGGACCUACAAAACCAGGACCUUAGCAUGCAGCCUUUAGCCUUAUUUAGCGAUAUAGCUUCAGUGCUAAAACUAAAGUACUUCAGAUAUCAUUCAUAUCUUCUUGGAUGAUCGAUAUUGAUGAUGAUGAUGAUGUAGAGAUCUGAGAGUGGGGGAGCUGGUGGACCCUGAUGUUCCUCCAGACUGUGGUGUUAAACAGUGAGUGUGCUGUAGCUGGUGCAGAUGAAAGCGUUCCGUAUUGAGGAGAUUGAGCUGGUGUUCCCUCUGUACAGCUCUCGUUAACCCUAUGCAAUCCCGCCCAUCUGCUCGUAGAAGCUCCACUGUAGUGCAGUAGAGGUCUUGCUGGUAGAGUUUUGACUCGUGUAGUUGUGCAAACGUUCCCAGGUUUCCUUUCGUGUGCUAAAGCUCUUCAUGUUGGGAGGAAAAAAUAAUAAUAAAUGCUAUUUAUUACGCUGUUGAUCGCUGGGGUUGGAACGGUCUCUGGGCUUCGUAGCAAAAAUCCCCCCGAAAAAAGCCCCGCCCCCGUGUUAGAGCAGAGACGACUCCAUGUGCACCUUCUAUUUUUGUGAAAAACAAACAAAAUAAACAAAGAAAAGGGGUGUUCAAUAAACAUGUACAUGUGAAAGUAAA